AUGGCGAGGGCGAUGAGGAAAAGGGAGCAACAGUUGAGACAUGAAUGGUAUUGCGGUAAUGUGGGAGUUGUGACCUGGCGGGAUCCGGACAAGGCUGCAUCAAACUUUAAACACACGGUCACGUACACCGGUUCCUUUGUAGGGCAUGGGUUACACGGGUUGCUCGGCGGGAGAACACUGAUUUUCGUCGCAAACGAGACGUAAACUCGAUUCAAUGCUGAGAGCGAGCUGGUUUUGCGUAUAUAUAGUACUGAGAGGUGGGCAUCAUAAUUUCAAAGAUGAAUUCCACAGGACUUCCCCCCGUGCCCCUGGAUGACCGAGACUCGCUCUAUGGCUAUCGCCCAACGUUGUUUGUCAUCGUUCUCUAUAUUGCCCUUUUUUCUACUACUCUCGG